AUGUCUGUCCGCUACGGUACCCCCCAUCGCCACGCAUCGAACGCGAGCCACUAUCAACAGCAGCGGCCUCCAAGCGCACAACAGUACGGCGGAUACCAAUCCCAGCAGGGGUACGGCCGCCCAGCCCAGCCCCCAUAUGGCGCUCCCCCGCCGUCCGUCGGCCCCCCGCCCGGAGCCGACCCUCAACUUUGGCAAUGGUUCUCGGCCGUCGACGCAGACCGCUCGGGCGCGAUUAGUGUCACGGAGCUGCAGCAAGCACUUGUGAAUGAGUUCGACCUCGAUACGGUCAAGAUGCUCAUGUCUAUCUUCGACACUGACCGCAGCGGGUCGAUUGGCUUCAACGAAUUCGCCGGGCUGUGGAAGUACAUCCAGGACUGGCAGAACGUGUUCAGGCACUUCGACCGCGAUCACUCGGGCUCCAUCGAGGGUGCCGAGCUCUCCGAGGCCCUCCGCAGCUUCGGGUACAAUCUCUCCCCGAUGUUGCUCUCGCUCCUCGAGCAGAAGUAUGCUUCGGGCCCCUCUGACCGGUACGGUCCGCCGCCCGGUAUCACUUUCGACCGCUUCGUGCGGGCAUGCGUCGUUGUCAAGACUCUGACCGAGGCGUUCCAGAGGGUUGACACCGAUCGCGAUGGUUGGGUGCAAAUGAACUACGAGCAGUUCAUGAGGAUUGUUCUCAGCGCCCCGUGA